UUAAAUAGCGUAAACUGCUGGGAAUGUUGUCGGAAGUCGUUCCAUUUAACACUGUUACCUUGUAUGAAGAUGUCAAGUGUUUCGGCCCAAAAGAAGAAUCUGGCGCUUGUUUGCUAUGAUGUAACAAGGAUGUGAAAGAGUUCUUAGUUAGUCGGCAACUUAAGCACUUAGUUGUGCCAGUCUUACAGUCGUAGUUAAAACACUGACUGGUGGUUGCGAUGUGAGAGGGGCAGCAGAAUGGAGGAAGUGUGAUGAAACUCAUGGCUUCUGAGAAUAGCUGGAUGAUGGAGGACGACUUCCCCACGUUACGGCCCCGCCGUAUUCAGAACCAGAACGUUGUCUACCGCCUAGAGCGACGGCGCAUCUGCUCAGGACCCCCUGGGGCGCACUGGUACCGUGUGCGCUGCUUCCACCAGAACCUCUUUCCUAACUUCACUGUGGUAAAUGUAGAGAAGCCACCCUGCUUCCUGCGCAAGUUUUCCCCUGAUGGCCGCUGCUUCAUUGCCUUCUCGUCUGACCAGACUUCCCUAGAAAUCUAUGAGUACCAGGGGUGCCAGGCAGCCGAGGACCUGCUGCUGGGUCAGGAGGGUGAGACAUUGGCCAAUGGACACGACCAGCGCUCACUCAGUAUUCGUGGCCGUCUGUUUGAGCGCUUCUUCUCCCUCAUGCAUGUCACUAAUGUGGCAUCCAAUGGUGAACAUCUGAACCGUGAAUGCAGCCUGUUCACAGAUGACUGCCGCUAUGUCAUAGUGGGCUCAGCUGCCUACCUUCCCGAGGAGCCGCACCCACACUUCUUUGAAGUGUACCGCAACAAUGAGUCCGUGACGCCUAACCCUCGCUCACCGCUGGAGGACUACUCGCUGCACAUCAUCGACCUGCACACCGGCCGCCUGUGCGACACUCGGGCCUUCAAAUGUGACAAGAUCAUCCUCUCGCACAACCAAGGCCUCUAUCUGUACCGAAACAUCUUAGCCGUUCUCUCUGUUCAGCAGCAGACUAUCCACAUCUUUCAGGUGACCUCUGAGGGCACUUUCUUGGAUGUUCGGACGAUUGGGCGCUUCUGCUACGAGGAUGACCUCCUGACGCUAUCAGCUGUGUACCCAGAGGCACGGGUGGAGGGCCAGCAAGGUUUCUCACGACUCUUCAAGGAGAAAACCAUAAAUUCAUUGAAACAUCGCCUGCUUGUGUAUCUGUGGCGACGUGCAGAGCAGGAUGGCAGCGCUGCAGCCAAGCGCCGUUUCUUCCAGUUUUUCGACCAGCUACGCCAACUGCGAAUAUGGAAGAUGCAGCUGCUUGACGAGAACCACCUAUUCAUUAAAUACACCAGUGAGGAUGUGGUCACUCUGCGUGUCACCGACCCUUCCCAGCCCUCCUUUUUUGUGGUGUACAACAUGGUGUCCACCGAGGUGGUGGCUGUAUUUGAGAACACUUCCGACAAGCUGUUGGAGCUCUUUGAGAACUUCUGUGACCUGUUCCGCAAUGCCACUCUGCACAGCGAAGCCGUCCAGUUCCCCUGCUCUGCCUCCAGCAACAACUUUGCACGACAAGUCCAGCGAAGGUUCAAGGACACCAUUGUGAAUGCCAAGUAUGGUGGCCAUACUGAGGCCGUGAGGCGUCUCUUAGGCCAGCUACCCAUCAGCGCCCAGUCAUAUAGCAGCAGCCCUUACCUGGACCUCUCCCUGUUUAGCUAUGAUGACAAAUGGGUGUCUGUGAUGGAACGACCAAAGACCUGUGGGGACCAUCCCAUAAGGUUUUACGCUAGGGACUCUGGGCUGCUGAAAUUCAAAAUUCAGGCAGGACUGCUGGGCCGGCCCAUCAACCACACUGUCCGCCGCCUUGUGGCCUUCACCUUCCACCCUUUUGAGCCUUUUGCCAUCUCUGUGCAGCGGACCAACGCUGAGUAUGUGGUCAACUUCCACAUGCGCCAUGUGUGCGUCUAACCAUGGCCCAGUCAGAAAGCUACUUAUCCCAAACCUGUCACCUGCAUCAGUGAGACCAGCAUCUAUUCACACCACCCCAGGCCAGAUACAUAGACAGACUAUUCUGAGCAGGGGUUGAGGGAUCAGCAACCAGGUUGAAAGAUGCCAAAAAAUAAAAAGCACAGUUGUGCUGAAAGAGGGAGCUUAAGACCUCCAGCUUUCUGCUUUUACCUGACCUGUUACAAGAAGCACUUACUGCUUAAUUUUUUUAUUUCCAUUUUAUCAACUAGCUGUAUAUUGUGAAUUUUUUUAAACACUGUGCUAUUAAAACUUUUUAUUAUAACACCUUUUGUUUUUCAGUUGCUCUUACAUAAGACUGUAGCUAUGAGUUGUAGUUAUGCUGUGAAGAAAGACUAGCAGCUGUGCUCACUCCAAGGCUAUCUGAGUGUUGUUUUACAAUGUCGAAUGAAAACUGGUGUAUUUCAGACCCUGUCCUAAAUUCCAAAUUAUUAUGCCAUUGGUUUCUGCCUUGUGGGGUUUCUCUGUGUUGUGCUGCAGUUGGGUUUAGUCCAUUUGUUUUGAGUGAAUGUUCAUGGUACAUGUCUUCUCAC